AUGUCCAUGGGCCUCCACUCUGCGCGCGAGGAGCUCGGACUGCCCAACGUGACUGGCAGUCACGGCAUGGGCAUCGCCACCACUACGGGAUACCUCAACGGCGACGUCGGCCAGCCAAUCGGCGGACUACCGAAGCCCAUUAGUCUCAGUCCGCGUACAUUCGGCAUGGAGGACCUGCGCGACUUCUGUGGGCCCGUUGGCACCUUCAAGACUGGGCUCACUCCCCGGGUCUUUAGUACGGGUCUGACCCCGCGCUCGGGAUUCACACCUCGGUUCACUACUGGCUUCACGCCGCGUAUCAACGUCACGGGUUUGAGCCAAGCGCCCAAUGCCCCGCCCACGGAGACCUCCAAUGGCUAUAUCCACCGACCGGGAGCCGGCUACUCGCCGCGCAGUGGUCAUGACGGCAACAAUAACAAGAUCUCGCCCUCUGGCUUCACUCCCAAGGAUGUCUCGGGCGCCAAGGUGCCUAUGCGUUUUCCUGGGGCCUUUUCAAGCAACAGCCCGCCCAAGAUGCCUAUGACUGACCAAUUCAAGCAGGAACACCCCCCACCGCAGUCACACUUGCAGCAGAUGCAGCAUAUCCACCAGCAGACCCAGCAGAUGAGCCACGGCGGCCCUCACCACGGACAAAUGCCCCACCCAGGAAUGCCCAAUAUGAACAUGCCCAUGUACGAUUACAUGAACCGCCCCGCACUGCAGCAGCCUGCAGACCCGCGUCUUAGUGUGACGCCCAACUCGGACCGGGUUUCCGACCAGGAGGACCUGGACGAGCGUCGGCGUAUGAAGAACCGCGAGCGUGUGCGCAAGUGCCGCAAGCGCAAACAGGACCGUCUGAACUUCCUGGAGGACCGCACUGCUGAGCUGGAGAAGGAGAAUGGCUUGCUGAAAGCCAAGAUGGCUCGCACGGACUCGGGACUCAAGGACGAACCUCUGACUGAGACUCAACUGAACGAUCUCCGCAAGAAGCAAAACACCACCUUGUCCUCAUAUAUUCGCGCUUACAACGAGGCUGAUGGCUCGGCCUUCGAGACGAGCGCUCGUGGCAUUUGGGCUGUCAACGCUGAGAUCCUGUACGGUACCAAUGGUGCUCGUAUUGCGGGCGUGGCGGACAUUGUCGCUAGCAAGAAAAUGUAUGCUAGUGUCUUUGCCAAGUACGAGAUCAAGCAGUACACGGUGCAGUGGAAACCAAGCUCGACGGACAAGUGUCUUGUGAACUGGGAGGUCGAGGUGAGCGUGCAGAAGGAGGCGGCCAAGAACGUGCCGCUGACUGCUCCGUUCGCCGAGCUGGCGCCGCUUUUUGGCGGCAUGAACGAGCCGUUGUCGUUCCAGAUGACUUCGCACAUUACCUUUGAGGAGGGCAAGAUCGUGGAGGAAAUUCGCCAGUUGAACCUGUCCCGCAUUGGCGAGAAGGUACUGAAUCAGUUCGCACAGGACCCUAAGAAGGCCGCCGAUGUGAUGCGGUGCCUGAUGACAGCAUAGGCUAUUCAGACAUUGCCAGACAAGGCGGAGAAGAGCUCGGGACGAGCUAGACCCGAUAAACGGACGCACAAACGGGCAGAGACCCCACGCAGGUAGCUCGUAGCUUAAGGAGACUGUUCUUCUCCUUGUUGAGUAGCAGUAGAGCAUCGUGUAUCAUAAAAGCAAAUAUUACUCGGAAACAUA